AUGCCCGCGUUUGAUGUAGAUGAAGACAGAUCUCAAGAUGGCAGUUUUGACAACGACAAUGACAAUGACAACGAGAACGAGAACGAGAACGACAACGACAACGAUGAGACCAUGCAGGAUCUCGAUGAGGCGGACGGCGAUGCUGACGGCGACGGCGACGGCGAUCUAGAUGCCGAAGGCGAAGGUGACGGCGAAGGGGAUGGAGAUGACGAUGACGACGCUGGAAGCGCGUCAGGUGGCAGUCAGCCCUCCGACAACGAGGAAGCCUCGGGGGAACCGAUCACAACCCAAGAUGGUACUCAGCAGGCCUCCACCGCGCAAACGGAUUCCAACCGGGGAGUGGCAUCGCACCCCGACAUCUCGCCUGCAUAUCUGAAUGCAGAGAUCUACGACAUUGUGCCUACAAUUGCUGCCCCCCACAGCACCUCCAUCAAUGCUGUGUGUGCAACAGCCGACAUGCGCUGGGUCUUCACUGGAGGCUCUGAUGGCUACAUACGUAAAUUCAAUUGGGUUGACUCCGUCAACUAUAAGCUCGCCCUUACCGUGGCGCAACGACACCCCUAUGUCGACAGCGUGGUAAAAGCUGGUGUACUCAUGACCUACUGGGAAAACUGGGAUGCUCGCCCUCAAACGUCUCGUGUCUUGUCACCGGUAUACUCCCUUGCCUGCCAAAGUCAGGCUCUCUGGCUUCUAUCUGGAACAUCAUCUGGACCUAUUCGAUUGCAAACCAUCAGGCAUGACGAAGGCAGAGAGGUCAGCUUGUUGCAGAAACAUACAUCUGCAGUCUCUGUCCUUACGCUAUCAUCGGAUGAAAAGAGUCUGCUGUCCGGAAGCUGGGACAAAACGGUUGUCGACUGGGACCUCGAGACUGGUCAAGGACGAAACACAUUCGCCGGAAGUGCAGGCCAGAUAUCUGCGAUAGAAUCUCGUCCUUUGUCUUCUGUACCUGUUCCGGCCGAAUCAGGAGAAGUUGUGAUUACCAAUGGUACAUUCUCCUCAAACGAAGGCAAACCUCUUUCAAAUGGAAUCAACUCCGAUACCCCCAAUCAAAAUGCUGAAGAGAAGCCAGCAGUUGCUACGCCAGACUCAUUAUUUGGGGACGGUGACGAUGAUCUCUUUGGUGAUGGAGCUGGAGCCGUCAUGGCCAAUGGAGGAGAUCCCACUGAUGCGUUUGGAGAGGAGGACGAUGAGAUGGCUAGAGCUUUGGCACAAGCGCCUCACCCGGAAGAUCUGCUUGAUCACGAUACCAGUAUGCUGGACGUCACACAGUCACACAAUGAAACCGUGGAUGCACCUCAGGAGAGUUAUGCGUCUCAGAUGACGUCCGACGGACCUCUCGAUGGAGUGCCCAGUAGCGCUGAACAGCCAUUCGCCAACGGGCUGCCUCACGCUGAAGAUUUGGAAAAGCCAACCGGCGAACAGGACGAUGCUCAAGGAGGUGAAGCCACUGUAACCUCCGACUCGACUUUUCUUGCCACAUCCAUUGACGGGAGCAUACGUGUGUGGGAUCGCAGGCAGCCUAAACCGGUCGCCCGUAUCUUGCCACGAAACACUCCUCCCUGGUGUCUGAGUGCGUGUUGGUCACCGGAUGGCAAUUUUAUAUAUGCGGGCAGGCGCAACAACACGGUUGAGGAGUAUGACCUUCGGAAAGGUCUGAAAGGGCCAGAACGAGUCUUUCGAUUUCCGAAUGGGAGCGGUGCGGUCACGGCAGUGAAGGCCAUGCCCAACGGCCGCCACCUCAUUUGCGCAUCCUAUGACAUUCUCCGACUAUAUGACCUCAAGGAGUCGCAGUCUCAGCGAUCGGCAGUGCCCUUCUUGAUCGUGCCUGGUCAUCGAACCGGAGUCCUAUCACACCUGUACCUCGACCCUGCAUGUCGAUUCAUGUUAUCUACCGGAGGGAACCGAGGGUGGGAAGGGGCCUCAACUGAAGUGCUGUUGGGAUACGAAAUCGGGGUGCCAAAGAGGUGA